CUCCUAGGGGACUAUGACAAGGUGAAGGCAGUGUCUGAAGGCUCCGACUGCCGCUGCAAGUGCCUGGUGAGGCCCCUGGGCCGCGGCGCUUGCCAGAGGAUCAACGAAGGCUCCUUCCGGGCGGAGGAUUUUUACACGGUGGAGACCAUCACAUCGGGACCCAGCUGCAAGUGCGCGUGUGUGGCCCCGCCGUCAGCGCUCAAUCCUUGCGAGGGCGACUUCAGGCUGAAGAAGCUGCGGGAGGCAGAGAGCAGCGACCUCAAGCUCGCCUCCAUCAUGGAAAUGCUGGAAAGUGCCUUUUACGGCUUGGACCUGCUGAAGCUGCACUCGGUCACAACGAAGCUGGUGGGUCGGGUGGAGAAGCUUGAGGAGCUUCUCCUCCUCCUCGUGGGUGGUGGAGAGGAGCAGUCCCUGAACAUGGCGCGUGCAGGCUCGGGUGCCACCAUGCAAACGCAGGCAGUGCGGGCUCUGACGCUGGGUUUUGCUGGGUGA